GUUUCAGGCCCCCAACCCCAAGCCCCUUCCUUCAGAAAUCAGAUUUCAGAGAGCAACAACAACGAACUGCUGCCCGCAACCCUAGCUUCCACCACCGCCUUGUGCCUCUAUUGCCGCCACAACGUCCGUCGCACCGACCCCUGUUCGCUCUCAGACUCACCAGUCGCAGGCACGCUUUUCUUCCUCGAGCGUCCGACGUCUUCGUCUUCUCACCGUCAUGCUAGCCGUCGUCUUCGUCUGCUGACUCUGCUCGCCAUCGUGCUCGCCGUCUCAGACGGAAGACACCUAAUUGUUACUUUACUCAAAAAAAUAAAAGAUAGAAAGCCCUAUUUAGUAAUUUCCCAACGGCAAAUCCCCAACCUGAAGUCACUCUCCCAAGAAUCACAGAUUCACAUUCACUCGCUCUCACCUCUCUACCUCAUUCAUCGCGGUUCCGCAUGGUCACCGCCGAACACAACCGCGGCCAACGACGGAGGUCGUCACUUGUCACUCCCCUCUCUGGCUCCUCUGCCUCGUUCCCGCGUCGCCAGUGUCUGCUCGCCUCUUCCUUCUCCGUCUGUGUCGUCCUGGCCGCCUUGGCUCUGCCGUGCCUCGCCUGUCUCUGCCUCCACCCUCGUGCCUCGUCUGCCUCUGCUUCCUCCGUCAUCAUUCUGCACUGUAGUGUAGGACCAUAAAAAUUAAAACAGAAAUCUUGUGAACUGCAGUUAAUAAAUCGAAGUAAGUUCUUUUUUGGCCAAAAUCACUGGCCAUGGACGACAUAUUCGAUUCUUCGCUGAACUUGGAGGAGACCCACUACAAGGAAGGAUACAACCAAGGCUAUUCCGAAGGUCUCGCCGCUGGCAAGGAAGAGGCCAGGCAGGUGGGCCUCAAGGUAGGCUUUGAGGUCGGUGAGGAGUUGGGCUUCUACAAGGGCUGCAUUGACCUCUGGGUCUCUGCUAUCCAGGCUGACCACGCAGUGUUCUCUUCUCGGGCCCAAGCAGGUAUCCGGCAGAUGGAGGAGCUGCUCCAGAGGUACCCCAUGAUGGACCCGGAGGACCAGCACGUGCAGGAGAUCAUGGAUGAGUUGAGGCGCAAGUUCAAGAUGGUAUGUUCUUCGCUGCACAUCAAGAAGAUCGAGUAUGAUGGGUACCCGAAAGCAGCUGCUUCCGACGCCAGCAGUCUUGAGUUUUAAAGGUGUUUCUUCUUUCUACUGUUGUAGACUUGCAGCAUCUGAAAUUUAGUGAGGAUUUUCCUUCUGGGGCUGAAAAGUUAGUGUUUGGUUCUGGGUAUGAAAAUGCCCCAUGGAUAGGUUAUGAACUUAUGAUCAUCUUUAGUAACAUCAGAUCCUGCUAU